AUGGACAACGAAGAUUGCGAUGAGUGCUCAAAGGCUUGCUCAGAGACCUUCUGCAGACUUUGCCUGCAAUACUACUGCCGCCUCUGCUAUCUGAAAUUCCAUCAAACGUGGGAAACUAACACUGCUCGGAGAAGUCAUGGAUAUUACACCACUGAGCAUAGUAAGGCCUCCGCUAACAAGUACUCCGUGAAACACUCAGAUGGCGUAUUGGAUAGGUGCACUACUACUGUGGACUUUUGA